UUCCUUACCACCAAAGCAAAACUGGAAAGCUUUGCCAGAGUCGUUGGAAUGUUUGGAGUACUGCUGGGCACGAGGGGGUUAAAAUAUGGUUGCUGUGGGGAUGCCACUGUCCAUCUCUGACUUGUGCUUGGACAGCCUGUCCAUUCCCCUAAGCCACAAAAGCCCCAGAAAGCCACAGAACAAGAGACUAUGAGCAUUAAAAAAAAAAAAAAAGGAGAGCGAAGGACAGCAGGAGCAAACUGGUUUUUGAAGAGGUAGAUCUCUAAAAAGGUCUGAGUGCUUUGAGCUCACCCAAAUACCUCAGGACACUGCAGAGAGUGUGAGGGAGGCAGGGAGAGAAAGAGGGUGUGAGGGAGAGCAAGAGAGGGUGUGUGUGAGAGAAAGAGAGAGAGAGUGGGAGAUAGAGAGACGGUGCACGCUCUCUCUUUCGCUGCUACAACGGAUCCUUUCCACAUCGACGCUGCUGUUAACGUCACGCCUGUAAGCCGCGCUUGCCCAGCGCUUGCCUUCUCUGCCUUGCUCCUCUCCCAGUUGGACGCUGCAUUUGCGAGGGGGUGCUGAUCACCACAAGAAAAGGAGGGGGAGAAAAAAAAGAAAGAAAAGAACUGGAAACAAGAAGAAAAAAGAAACAACCCAGAGAGAGGAAGGAGAAACUGCGCGCCAUCCCUCCUCCCUCUAACCCACCUCGAUCAACCCAGCUACAAUACCCCCACUCCUCCCAGCACCCCCUUCCAUCCCCCACCCCACUCCCCCUCUGAAGAAACUGACGGAUUAUUGGGAAGUGCACGGGAGGCAGGCUGCAGCUGCUGCUGUGUGUGUGCUCGCUACUGCUGCUGUAUGCUUCGUGGGGAUGGUGUGUGUGCGUUCGCAAUUGCUGCUGUCGCCACCGCGGCUGCCGAGGCUGGAGCAUGUGGCUAGUUAAGAGGAGAAAGAAGAUAAUGAAGGCUGUGUGUGUCGCCUAGCCUUUUCAACUGCUGCCAAGAGCUCCCCAGGAGAAAAGGAGAAAAAAAAAUUAAAUAAAGAAGAAUCAAGUGGACAUGACACUGCGUUGAAAAGGGGAGCAAAGAAAAGAGUGCAAGAGAGGGAGAAGGGCUGUCAGACUGACCAACCGACCAACUGAUUGACUACUAAAAAGUGAAAAGAGGAAUACAGAUAAGGAGGACUGGUUUUUUUCCUGUUUUUUUAACCCCUCCUUUCCACUACAAACAAAAAACAUAGAACACUGGAAAGGACUGGAUUUUUUUUUUUUAUCCUUCUGUAAUUGUAAUUUCUUCUACCUCCCUCCCUCCUUUUGUUGUUUCCUGCCUUGGGUUUUGUUGCACAAAACAAAAAACAAUAGUGCGUGUGCAUCUCUGUGGUUGCCUGGACUAUGGAGACCUGGCUAAGGUGUUUAACGGGGGGAUCAACUGUCGGAUUCCAAGGACAAGCAAGAGAAGAGGAGCCGACAGCGAAGAGCGAGCAAGGGAGCACUGCUGCUUUGGGAGCCUGACUGGAUUCCUAGCUACAGUCGUUUCCCCCCUCCUUUUUUUUUUUCUUGGUAAUCGGCACGUAAAGGAAGAAAAACAUUCACAAAAAGGCCUUCGAACCUUUCUCUUUGGAUGUAUGGAUUUACAAAAGGGCUCAUCUUGUUUAAGCUCUUUGGCACUGAUGCCCGUUUUGACAGGGCAAACAUAAAAGGUUUUCUUUGCUGCUCUUGGAUAUAAAUACAUCUGAUGCGAAUACAUCAGCUCUUUCUGAUUGCAAAAAGGAGGGAAGCUAUAUAUCUCAGUUCAAGGACCUGUAAUAAUAACUUGAGGUAGGUGUCUAGUGUUUCAAACCCUCUCUGCAUCAAUUUGUAACACCCUCCCCUCCCCUCUGUCUUGUAAUACGGUUUUUGGUUGCUUAAUUUGCCAUCAUGUUCUUCUCAUACACAUAUUUCAGAAAAGCCAGUCCUCUCCACCACCCCAUUUCUUUCUGCCCCUGAGCACAGUUCAUGGAAAUAAAAUCACCCCUUAACUGAGGACAGGUCGAGUCCUCUUGCCCCUUAGCAACCACCUAAACCCUUGCUCUCCCCUUGCCCACAUCAGUUCCCUUAACCUUAUUACUUUGGCCCCAUAAACAGUACUGCUAGCCAAACAGCUAAUUUCCUUGCACCCACACCCCCAAAACACCAGCCCCAAACAUCCCCAUCCUCCCCCCCAGAUGAUGCUGAAUUAUGAACGUGCCACAUCAUGAGUCUCCUGGGGCGGGUAGCUGUGCAUCGUGCCAGGAAAGCCGCCCUGCUCUGUGUAGUCUUCCUGAUGGUGCGAGCGUGGAGCAGCGCCUCCCUGGCCUUGGCGGGGGCGGCGGUGUCUCAAGGACCCCAGGGCUGUCCACCGCAGUGUUCUUGUAGUAAUCAGCAGGGGAAAGUGGUUUGCACCCGUCGUGGCCUCACCCGUGUCCCCCCUGGGAUUCCUGCCAACACGCGACACCUCAAUCUAAUGGAAAACGCCAUUGAGGCGGUGCAGGCUGACUCCUUCCGCCAUCUGCACCACCUUGAGGUGCUCCAGCUUGGGCGAAAUGCCAUUCGGCAGAUUGAGGUGGGCGCGUUUAAUGGACUCACCAGCCUCAACACACUGGAGCUGUUUGACAACCGGUUGACGGUGGUGCCCAGUGGGGCCUUUGAAUACCUAUCCAAACUAAGAGAACUAUGGUUGAGGAACAACCCCAUUGAAAGUAUUCCUUCCUAUGCCUUCAACCGGGUACCCUCACUCAUGCGACUGGACCUGGGAGAGUUAAGGAAACUGGAGUACAUCUCAGAAGGAGCUUUUGAGGGCCUACAAAAUCUCAAGUACCUCAACCUGGGAAUGUGCAACAUAAGGGGUGAUAUGCCAAACCUAAGUCCCCUCAAAGGCCUCGAGGAGCUAGAGAUUUCUGAAAAUCUCUUUCCAAUGAUAAAACCAGGCUCUUUCAAAGGUCUGCGCUCAUUGAAAAAGCUAUGGGUGAUGAACUCUCAAAUCACAGUAAUAGAGCGCAAUGCUUUCGAUGACCUAUCUUCACUGGUGGAGCUUAAUCUUGCCCAUAACAAUCUGAGCGCUGUGCCACAUGAUUUGUUCUCCCCGCUCAGGUACCUGGUGGAGCUCCACCUCCACCAUAACCCUUGGAACUGUGGUUGUGAGGCUGUAUGGUUAGCACGCUGGCUAAGGGAGUACAUCCCUACUAAUUCAACUUGCUGUGGACGUUGUCACUCCCCUGCGAGCAUGAGAGGUCGACAGCUGGUGGACGUGGACCGAGGUGAGGGUGCUGCAGUCCAGUGUUCUGCACCAUUCAUUGCUGAUGCACCAAGGGACUUGAACAUCUCAGCAGGGCGAGUGGCUGAGCUUCGAUGCCGCACAGCUCCAAUGUCUUCAGUGCGCUGGCUCCUACCCAACGGCACUAUACUGACACAUGCCUCUAGUCACCCAAGAAUAUCAGUCCUCAAUGAUGGUACCCUUAAUUUCUCAAAUGUCCUUGCAGUAGACACAGGCACCUAUACCUGCAUGGUCUCCAAUGCAGCUGGGAACUCUAAUGCCUCAGCCUACCUCAAUGUGAGUGCAGCUGAGCUUAAUACAUCCAACUUAAGUUACUUUACCACAGUGACCGUGGAGGUCUUGGGGCCAACCACUGAGAUGCCCAAACCUAAAACUACAACAACCACUGCAGCUGCUGCAGGCGCUGGUGUUGCUGGGGGAGGAGUAGGCCUAGGGACAACAACUACAACUGCCUCUCCUUCUGUCUUUCAACCAGUCUUCAUCUCCACCCCAACUGUACUGUUGCAAAACACCGACAGUCCACCAGGGGCAGCUAAACCAUCUGUGUUGCCAGGAAUUCAAUCGACUAACAAACCAGGCAAGUCUGGGCCUAGCCUUGAUGAAGUGAUGAAGACUACUAAGAUCAUAAUAGGCUGCUUUGUGGCAGUGACACUAUUGGCUGCUGUCAUGCUCAUUGCCUUCUACAAAUUGAGAAAGCGCCACCAGCAGAGGAGCACUGUGGCAGCUGCCCGCACUGUUGAGAUUAUUCAGGUGGAUGAGGAGGACCUUCCACCACCAGCAUCUGCAGCCCAAGAGUCAGCUCUCACAUUGCCUGAAAUCCGAGACCAUAACAGCAUACACAAGUUGGACUUUAUCAGCCACAAGACUGACUACAGCUUUCACAAACCCAAGGCUGAAUACAAACCCCAGCCUGAUUUCACACUUCACAAGCCGAAGGCUGAGUAUACCACAUAUAAGCCAAAUAUGGACUUUAGCAGCCACAAAACCAUCACAGAUUACAACACACACAAAUCUACGCCGGAUUUUAGCCUUCACAGACCAAAGCCUGACUGCAGCCCAUUUAGACCAGAAUAUAGCACCCACAAACCUAAAGCAGAAUACAGCCCUUUCAAGCCAGACUUUGGUACUCAUCCAAAAACUAAAUCAGACUACAGCCCAUUCAAACUAGAUUAUAGCACUCAUCCCAGGCAGAAGAGUGACUUCAGUCCAUUCAAACGGGACUAUAGCACUCAGCCGAAACCUAAACAUGACUACAGCCCAUUAAAAUCCGACUACAACACACAACAUAGACCUAAAACUGAAUAUAGUCCAUUCAAGCCUGAUUUUGGUACACACCCAAGACCUAAACCUGAUUACAGCCCAUUUAAACCCGACUACAGCACUCAGCCUAAAUCCAAAACAGAGUACAGUGCCCAGAGAUCUAAAACAGACAGUACCUACAAAGCUAAGGACCACUACACCCCACAUAAAACUGCAACAGAUUACAGCGCCUUCAAGACUGACUUCAGCCCCCACAAAGUGGAUUACAGCGCCUUCAAGUCUGACUUCAGUCCACAAACUCAGAGACCUAAACUGGAUUACAGUCCACAUAAACUGGACUACAGCUCUCAUAAGGUGGACUACAGCACUCUAAAGCCCAAAUAUAAUACCUAUAAACCGACUGGCCAUGGGGCUAAAUGGACAGACAACAAUGUUGGGAACUCUUUGCCGCGAACCUUGCCCAGUGCCAUCACAGCAAUGGCUGAGCCCUAUGUCGUAAAAACUCACAACAAGGAGAAGGUACAGGAGACUCAGAUUUAAAAAGGCCCCUCCAAAAGGCUCUCACCCCUUUUCCCAGUUUCCUAGCUCCUACUCACCCCUCUUUCACACGCCCCUUGUCCUUUCCUCAUUUAAAAUCAUGCAAUAGAAUGCACAACGAAAAAAGGACAGGACAUACUUUUGUACAGAGUGCAAAACUUAAAAGACUGAUGAUUUCUUGUUGUACAUGCUUAUAAAUAAAUAUAUAUAUAUGGACGAACUAAAAUUACCAUGGGUUGGUGAUAGAGAAACGUAUAUUAAAAAGAAAUUGAAACUAUUUUCUAACUUGUAACUUCUAUUUAAAAUAAUGAGUUGUUUAAGAUGCUGUCUUGACUUUGAAAAAUGAGGGUAGUCUUGUUUUAACAGAGGGCAUUCUGUGUGAUUUUUACACCAUGCUACAGAGAAUGCAGUGAUAAGAAAAAAGAAUAUUUAUACAGAGAAGACUUUCUUUAACAAAAUCCG